UGGAGGGUGAGGGCCAGAAGCUGGGGUCUGCGGAACAAUCCUUUCUGCAGUUGGAACAGGAGAACCACAGCCUGAAAAGGCAGAACCAGGACCUUCGGGAGCAGCUAGGAGCCCUCCUGGGGCCCAGGGAGCAGUUCCUGCCUCUGUGUGCUGACCACUCAAGCUGCACAGCCCUGGCCUGGAAUGAGCUGCAACAGAUCCGGCUGUCCUUUGAGAGGAAGAAGAUGGCCAUUACUGAGGUGUGGGAUGGUGUGGCUGAGGUGCACAUGGCUCUGAACAACCAGGCCACUGGGCUCCUGAACCUCAAGAAGGACAUCCGGGGCGUGUUAGAUCAGAUGGAGGACAUUCAGCUGGAGAUUCUGGGGGAGAGGGCCCAUUGCCGCACUCAGGCCAGAAAGCAGCAGAUGUCCUGCACGGAGAAAGGCAGGCAACAGCUGGGAUGUUCCGAGGGCCUAAAGGGCCAGCUCUGGCUGCUGGCCUUGAGGCUGCUGCUGGGCGCUCUGCUGGCCUGCACAGCGGCCUACGUGUACGUGGUGGACCCUGCACCCUUCGAGGGGCUGGUACCACCCCUGCUGAGCCGAGCCGCCGUCUGGAAGCUCAGGGCCCUACUGAGUCCCUUCUUGAGCCUCGAAGUGGACGACUUCCUGCCUUUCUAGACUGGAAGCCCAGCAGCACCAGCAAGGAGGCCAGGUGGCUGGUCCUGCCCCAGGGGCCCGGGGGCCUUACUGGCCCCUGCCUCCAGCACCCGUGCACACAGUCCCCACCAGGAGUUGCAGAGAAGGGUGGAGGAGGGGCUGGUCCUGAGGGCUGGUCCUGCAGCUGGA